CUUGGAGUAUCUUAUUUUUUGCUGGUUUUAUAAUAAGUGACCAUGGUUCAUAUGCGGUGUCAACACCUGCAUUUAGAAGCUUUACGAAACACUAAUCAUCGUAUUUUACAGCAAUGGAAAAUGUUCCUAUUUUCUUACCAUCAACUAAGACAGGCUUCUAGUCUAGUAGUAAGAUCUAAGCUAGCAACACAUGAUAUAGAUCUACACCGGCAUUUACGGCAAUUGAAAUCGUCUGGCAAACAGCGAAUUCCUAUUCAAAUUGCUUCAAAAAUCAACAAACAUCUGACUUCGUCAUCUAUAGCCAUGGCCAUUCAUGGUCAUCUACAGCACUUUCAAUAUGAUGAAGCUUGGAAAUUAUUUGAUGAUAAUCAUACACGAUUGCCUCGUCUCACAGCUCGUAUGUUACUCGAUUCUCUUUUAAAUGACACCUUAGAGAAUCGAAAUUGCCUUAAACUUAAUUUUGGAAAACUUCAGCAAAUCUAUCUUGAAAGGUUAAAUGUUUUAGCAACUCAUAAUACCUGGGACACGCACGAAACUGGUCUUAUUAUUGAACUUUAUGGUUUACUCGAUCAACUCCCUCAAGCAGAGCGCAUUUUUCGAAAAUCAUCCAAAGAUAUUGAGCUUUGUAACCAAUUAUUAUCUGUUUAUGUACAACAUCUUAAAGAUAAUAAACAUUUGAUGGCAGCUAAAAUAAAAGCUCUUGAACAAGAUGUUGUAGUGCGACGAAAGAUAGCAGACACAACUUUUUAUAAUCUGUUAUUAAUGGCUAAUAUGGAUGAUGUAACGACGUUUGAACAAAUUGCUCAAGAAAUUACUGAACAUAACCGUACCACCUAUCAUAUACUUUUGGAGUUUUACUUGAAGCGAUGUCAUACAAGACAUGGGAAGGAAAAGGUACAAGAAUUUUUGGACAAGAUAAAUCCUAAUAGGACGACAUUCAAGCGAUUAUUAAAUGGUUUAGCCGAUCAUAUAAAGUAUUUGGUUCAUAUGAAGCAAGAGGAGGAAAUGGCUGAAACAAUCAAAUCUGUGAAUGACCUGUAUCGAUCUAUGAUUGAUAUGGGAUAUCAACCAGACACAGAAAUACUCAAUAUACUACUAAAGUGUUAUACGAGGGCAAACAAUGAUGAGCAAAUUAAACGGACUAAAGACAUGUUUUUUAUGCCAAAAAAGAAGGGAAAAGGUGGUAAUAGUGGUAAACGGAAGAAAAAGGCUAAAUCAAAAACGGUAGCAUAUAAAGUGAUGCCUGACACAUAUACAUUCAAUACGCUUAUGCACUAUUAUUUGGCAAAUAAUAAUAACGAUCUAGCUUUCAUUAUGUAUGAUAGCAUGGUUAGACUUAAGUUAGAUCCAGAUACAGUUACUUAUGGUAACUUCAUUGGGCAUUAUGCUGAAAAGGGAGAAGUUAUAGAAUGUCUAAAGUAUUUAGAUGUAAUGCGACAAAAGGGAAUUCCAGUUAAUUCUUUUAUUUAUAAUGCAUUGUUAAACUGUUCAUUAAAAUAUCCUCAAGAGGCAGAUCUUUUAAAGCCACAGUUACGAUCUUUAUUAGCGAAUCAGCCGGACUUAAUCGAUCAAGUUUCGUCUAAUAUUCAACUGACGAAUUAUAAAGGCGAUCAUAAAGGGUUUAUAGAUCUUUUGGAGCAAGUUAUGACGGUCAAUAAUGGUAGAUUAGAAACGCGUACCUACAAUACUAUUCUUCACACUGUAGGUAAACUAUAUUAUAAACCCAGGAAUCAAGAUCAUAUCCUAGCAUCAUUGGAUUUGGAAAAUAUUAUAGCUUCACUUGAUAGACAUACACAGUUAGAACCUGACAUCUACACCUAUGCUCUCAAAAUUCGUAACGCCGUUUAUCUUGAUGACAUAUCUACCGCCGAACAUAUCUUUAAAGAUAUGAUUGAUGCAGGGAUCAAGCCAAACGCCUACGUUUUCUCACAUCUUAUUUAUGGAUAUAGUAAACGUGGCAAAAUGGAUUCUGCAGAGCAAAUUAUGCAGCAUAUGUCACAUUAUGCAAUAUUACCCAAUGUAGUCCAUUAUGCCUGUCUUAUCAAAGGUUAUUCAGAUGCAUCUGAAUUUGAUAAAGCCUAUGAAACGUUUCGUACUAUGUUAAAAAAACCUAUACACGGUGAUGUUGUACUUUAUACAAUUUUAGCUUCCAUGUUUUUAAAAAGUCGAGGAUCCUGGUAUGCAAUUGAGCUAAUAGAAGGUAUUCAGAAUGCUGGCAUGAAGAUGGAUGGAGCUGCCUUAACGGUACUCAUUGAAGCAUAUGCUUCUACAGGUUCUGCUAAAAUUUCAAAAAUUCAGGAAUUAUGUAACGAAUUGAGAAAGCAUAAUUGGUUAGAUUCAAGAGCGAUUACAACAUCAAUUAUGGCAUAUUAUUAUUUAAAGCAGCCAAAAGCUGCACUUGAUUUUUGGAAUACGCUUAAAUCAGAUCAUGUACAACUAUCAACUACGCAUUACAAUUCAAUGCUUAAAACAUUAAUACAGUUUGGAGAUGGAGUAGCGGCAGGCUACUCAAUAGCAAAGGAAAUUUUUUUUGAGAUGCCAGAACCAGAUUCUAAUACACUUGAUUUAAUGAUCUGGGCAGCACAUGAAAUGUCAGAUGGUGAAAUGAUACGUAAGAUUUGGACGAGUAAAACAUCUAAAAAGGAUAGACCGUUAAUGGCCCGAAGCUACUAUGCGUUAAUGAAAGGUCUAAAUGAUAAUAAUAUGGCUCGAUCUGUAUUCGAAGAGUAUCAGAAGUUACAGGAUUUGCCUAAUUCAACAUCUGUUUGGAUAAAUUUUAUUAAUAAGUUAGCAGUUCAACAAGGAUUUAAAAAAUGAAGAGUUAUACCUAUAUAUUAUUAUUCUGUUUUCACCCAUGUAUACAUACAUAUAACCUUCU